AUGACUGACGGAUGGAUGGAUGGAUGGAUGGAUGGAUGGAUGGAUGGAUGGAUGGAUGGAUGGAUGGAUGGAUGGAUGGAUGGAUGGAUGGAUGGAUGGAUGGAUGGAUGGAUGGAUGGAUGGAUCUAAUUUACAUAUAUAGACAAAAUGAAAAAAGCUUUCAUUUUAAUUUUCAUUGGAGCAAUUUAUUCUAUAUUGUCUUUAGUUAAAUGCCAGACCAUAAAUUGUAACAACCAUCCUAUCUUUAUAAAGUCUCAAAAUGUCAUUUAAAAUAUACUUAAAAAUGAUAAUGUAACAUCUAUGAAUGCCACAGGAUUAUAUAAUGUCCUUUCUCCAAUGUACUAAAGUGCAAUCCCUAAAAUUGCCUAAGAUUCUGAUGUAGGAGUAUGCUCAGAUUAUGUUGGCGAUAACUCCUGCUGCUUCAAAGCAUUUACUUAAUGGAUAGAUAAUGCUGCUUUACUGAAAGUUUUAAAUAUUUAGUCAACAAAUAGUGCUUAUUAAUAAUUAGUUGAUAACUAUGUAGCUUAUCUAUAUGAUGGCAAUUGUAAAUAAGAUUUUCUACCAUAUAAUCAAGUAAAUAAUACUGCUAUAUAUGGUAAUAGGAAUUUGAAAAAAUUUUAAUCGUUGAGAGCAAGUCUUUCUGCCAUAAAAAUUGGAUUUGCUCAAAAUAUUACUUCUUUCACAAGAGGAGUUCUAUGCGGAAUGUGUGCUGGAGUUGAUGUAGUCUAAAAUUAUUUUAAUGAUAAGGGUUUAUUAAAAAUAUAACAAAGUAGCUUAGACUAUUUUAUAGGAAAUACGACAUUAAAUAUUAAUUAUUAUCUAGGCAAUUUUACAUAAUAAAGUAUUUCAGAUGUUAUUGAUGAAUUUAAUAGUGGAUAUAUUAAAAUCAGUAAACCUGAUGGACUAACUUGUGCUAAUUAUGUUAAAGGUAAAAUAACUUAGAAAUUUGCAAAUCUAGGAAUAAGUCUUCAAGAUUCAUCUGGAAAUUUAAUUUGUCCUGGAACUAUCGCUUUUGGGGAUAACUCUGCUUGUGAGAAUAAUUUGUAAGGUAGUCCUUCUCUCAAUCCUCCUAGUAGCUCUGGUAGACUUCUUUUUUAGGAAAUUCAUGAUAUGGUAAGAAUGCUUUAAGCUACGGUAGAUGCUGUAGGUGACACUAAUAUAGGUAUUAAUGCUGUAACAAAUAGUACAUAAACUGAUAGUGUAAUUGAUGAAUUUGGUAGUAACAUACAGCCAAAUUUUAAUACAAUCAAUCCAAAUAGUAGUAAUAAUUUGGUUUUUAUUGUCUUGUUCUCUUUAGUUGCGUUAUUUAUGUGA